AUGAAACAUCGACCUAAAUUACAUCCAUCAUCUUGUUUUCCUCCUAAUCCAUCAAUACCGAAUAUUCAAAAUCGUCUUUUUAUUCGUAAUGCUUCUCUACAAACGACUCACUAUCAUUGUCCUCGUGUUACAUUUAUUGGUAUUAAUGCAACGACAUAUUCGUCGAUUGCUGCUCUUCUUUCUUAUAAAUUAUCAACUUCAAUUGAAUGUAUCAAACUUUUUGAUAUCUAUCAAAAACUAGAAGUUCGUCCUAUACUUAAUGAUCUUCAAUUACUUGCUUUAUUUAAUCGAAGUAAUACACAUCUUGAAUGGGUUCAAUCUUAUUGGGAAACAAAAAAUUCAACAAUUAUCAUUAUUAAUGUACAACAUAAUCAAUUAGAAACUGAAAGUAUAUCAACAUGGAUUCAAACGAAUGCAUCACUUGUUGAAAAUGUUGUUUCACAAGUAUGUAUCUAUUCACCUCAUGCUACAUUAAUUAUUUGUACACAACCAAAUGAAUUAAUGACUUAUGUUGCAUCGCGUGUUAGUAAAUUUCCAAAUGAACGAAUAUUUGGUCUUGGUGCAAGUGUUGAUACUACCUAUGCGCAUAGAACUAUAUUAGAUCAAACUGAGAAUAUACAUGGUCGUGUUAAUGGUUUUUUUAUAGUAGGAAAUGGAUCAAUGGAUAAUUCAUGUUCAACAAUACUUACUCAUCAUUUAACUAUUGAUGGAAUAUUAUGUUCAGAUAUUUAUUCAAAAUCCAUAAUCAAUAAAUCUAUUCAAAAUCAAUCAGAAACACCGAAACAAAAACUUAAAGAAUGGGAUUUAAUAACGAUGUUGAAAAAUAAAGAAACAGUUUAUUCAAAUGUUCAACGGCGAUUACCAUUGUGUACAAAUCUAAUUGAACGGCAAAAGAUUGCUAUGAAAUAUCUUUUACCAACAUCUACUAUACAAUCAGAACAACAAGAAUCAAUACAGAUUCCAAUGAAUCGAAAAUUACAUUCGAAUUAUACAGAAGCAAUGUUAAUUGUUCAUAUUACUCGUGCACUUCUUAAUGGAUGUGAAUUUCAAUCAAAUUUUACUGUUAAUAUUUCUCCACUUAAUAAUAAUUCCAAAGAUAUUUUUACAAAUUAUCCAACAAUAAUUGGUUCAAGUAAUCGUGCUAUUGAAUAUAUGUUCCCUUUUCAUCAAGCUGAAAAUAUUCUCAAACAACGAUCAUUUCUUAUACCAUAUGAAAAACUUCAAAGAAAAAUCCAUAUUUCACAAUCAACAGAUUAG